AUGGAUAAGAGCGAUCCUUGUGAUUUCUUCAACGUAUUCCCUGAAAAUUAUGUUUCUAAGAGCUUGCAAGAAUCAUCAUCAUCUGCAAAUAUACUAGUUUCUACUGAAUUAUCUCUUUCUUCCACCUACUCAUCAGUAACCUCCUUCACCAAAACCAGAACGUCUCAAGAUUUUUCCAUCUGCAGAAAUACUAAUGCCAGGAAGACAAAACCACCAAAACCUUCUUACAAUUAUUCCAAUUCAUCAGAGAAAGGAAAAACCAAUCAUGAGAGUAACUAUAUCAGCCAAUAUUCUCCAAGCGGUUGCUCUACCACUUUGAAGCUGUACGAUGACCCAUGGGAGAUCAAGAAAGUCCUGACAGCCAGCGAUCUGGGGAAGCUGAAUAGGCUACUGUUGAGUUCAGAUUCCAUGGCGGGCCUGGUAAACAAUAAUAAUAAUCUUCAUCAUCAUCAUAAUAAUGAUGAGGAGGAGUUACGCAUAAAGGGAAGGGCAGUGAAAGUGUGGGAUGUGGAAACCAAGUCCAUGCACCAGCUGAUUCUGAAGCAAUGGGCUUCCUUCAAGAACUAUGGUCUGAUUGGAAACUGGAAUCAAGAUUUUGUGAAGAGGAGGAAUUUGAAGAAAGGAGAUGAGAUUGGCCUUCAAUGGGAUCCCUACAACUUCUGCUUUAAUUUCUCCGUUCUCAGGCGAUCAUCAAUUAUGGGGUAACAAUUUUGAAUAAUGAAACUGUGAAUAAGAACAAUGCCUGGACGCGAAACAAAUGAUGCAAGUAAGUCAACUGCUGGGUUGGGCACAGUUUCUUAUAUGAUUCUACUCUGAUUUUUAGUGAUUCUUCUUUCUUUCUCAUUCGUAUAUUUAUAUAAUGGAACAAUAUAAUGGUUAUAUAAAGAAAAUGAAUUAGUAUCUUUAAUUUUCCAAUAUAUAUGCUAAGAUUUCAGUAUC